UUAUGGGAUUGACGGUCACAUGCUUUUGAUGUUAUGGUGUAAACGAUUGCAUGCGAAUCGCUAGACUAAAGAUUGACACCGAAGUUGCUUGUUCCUGACCAUCUGAUCAUGUCAGGUAAAACUAAAGUCAGGGACAUUCCCUCCAGACGUGUUCUACUGACUGAUCCAUCACAACUUCCGAUUGAUUACUCGUCAACGCCUGGAGGCACUCUUUUCUCGACAACUCCCGGUGGAACUCGCAUCAUCUACGAACGACACGAGUUACUGCAGUUGCGCAAUUCCCCACUUACAAGGACACCCCCAAAGAACCUGCCGAAGAUAGCAGGUGUGACAAGUCCUUCCACGACAAAGGGCAGCCCACAGCCUGAUUCUGUUAAUGGACAAGCUACUAUCCCAGAGGAAAAGAAGUGUGAUGAGGACCCUCAAUUUGAGAUGGACAUCUAACCAUGCUGCCUUGACAUCUCUUAUCUAUGUAAUGUAAAUACAUGUAUGAGGUCUGAUGCACAGCACUUUAAAUUGUAAUAAUCAAAAUGAUUUUGUUUUAAAGAUUAUUUUCAAGAUUUUGUAUAGGAAAAAUGGAGGCAUGGUAUUCAGUAUAUAUAAUGAUGCAAUUUUUGUUUUAAUUAGACCAAGGAUGGAAAUAACAUUACUAGAAAUGCUACUAGAAAUGUGUACUAGAAAUGCUUUUCUUAAUGACAUUGCAAGUAGACAAUUUUUUGACAGGAGAGCAAUUUUAGAGCGAGUUUCAUUUUAGUGCUAAUACCAUAGUCAAUUACUUGGAAGCAACAGGAUGGUAACAUUGUUUAAAUCCAUUUUAGUUAUGAAAAUAAAUAAACAAAUUUCAGAAUUAUUGUU